AUGGAGUGUCAACCAAGAUGGUUACCUGGAACUGCGCGGACAGUUCUAAUCGAGGACCCUCAGACGCCGACGGACCGAAGAUGCGUCCUGGAAGAUGUGAAGAUGCGAAACGGUUUCACCGGACAGCUUUGCUGUAAAGGACCCCACUAUCCAGAUUAUAUNAAUAACUACGUCGUUUUACUCAUGGAGUGUCAACCAAGAUGGUUACCUGGAACUGCGCGGACAGUUCUAAUCGAGGACCCUCAGACGCCGACGAACCGAAGAUGCGUCCUGGAAGAUGUGAAGAUGCGAAACGGUUUCACCGGACAGCUUUGCUGUAAAGGACCCCACUAUCCAGAUUAUAUGAGGGAGGCUUCUCCCGACCUCUGGAUCUCCCUCCAUGCAAUUUUGGUAGCUUCCCCGGUGUCCAUUCGGAGAGCUUCCAUCAUGCUUCCAGAAGGAUAA